CUUUUUCUCCCCUUGAUUUAAAUUGUCUCGUCUUCCCUUUCACUCUCUUUUUCUUCAUCCAGUAUGUCAAGGAUACUAAAACAACCUUCUAUUUCUGUCAGAGCACCUAAAAGCCGCUUUCAGCCCAAAGAGGAAGAACCUAGUAAAAUAGGUCAACGUGUGACUAUACCUAGUCUAGAUAACUUGACUGGUACACUUCGAUAUAUGGGCCCAGUGGAUUUUAAGACUGGUGUUUGGGCAGGUGUUGAGCUUGAUUCAAAAGGUCAGGGAAAAAAUGAUGGUAGUGCGCAAGGAAAGAGAUAUUUUACCUGUCCUCCAAAGUCUGGUAUCUUCAUUAGUGCAAGCAAGAUAAUCAUACAGCCACCUGCUUUGCCUAUCUCUAAACCAUCCACUUCAGUUUCAACGCGUCGCUCUAAUUUGCCAAUAACGAGAAAUGGGUCUAGCAAUACAGCUACACCAAGAAUGAGAGCCUCGAAUUCUUCUACCACAUCAAAUAGUAGUGUCAAAAAGACUUCUACUUUGCGCUCUUCGGCUAUCCCCACUACAUCAAGCGUAGCAAGACCACCUAGUAUGACAAGAUCGCCUUCAUCUCCUGCACCACCACCAUUAUCAGCUUCUGCACCUACAAAUACCACGAUUGAAUCAUCACCUUCUUCUUCAUCUUCUUCUGUUCCCAACAAAAAGUCAGCUCCUACUCCAACCCCUCCUCCUCAAAGAAAGCAACAAACACCCAUGCCUUCUACACCUACACCACCUGUUGUAAAUGAGCACCAAGAAACUACAAAUCAACUGUAUGAAAUGCUAGAAAAAGUACAACGCGAAAGAGAUCAGUUAUUGGCUCAAAUGAAAACAAAGGAAACGGCAUGGGAACGCCUUGUGUCUUCUAGAGAAAGUUUGUCCCUGCAAGUUCAAGAAAAUGAAUCACAAUGUCAACGUUUAUCAAGAGAAUUGGAAUUAGCGCAAAGCGAAGUCGAACGUUUACAGCAUAGUCUAGCAGAAAGAGAUGCUUCGAUUGCAAAGAAUCAGCGUGAUGAAGAGAAGCAGACACAAGAUCAAAAGCGCAUUGAACGAUUAGAGACCCUUGUGCGUGACCUACAAAACCAACUUGAAGCAGCUAAAGAGGAAAAAGUGCAGCUGAAUAGAGAGCAUGCAGGUGCUGUAGAGCAAGUGCGGAGAGAAUUAGCAGCUAAUGAGUCUAUGACGGCUUCUUUGGAAAAGGAAUGCGAAGAAUUAAGAAGAGCUGGAUUAGAAGCCAUUCGAGCUUAUGAGGAUUCUGUGAUACAGAUCAAGGAAAAACAUGAAUUAGAAUUGAAGCAAAAAGAGCAACAAAUUCAGCAACUGGAAUACAAUAUUGCUGACCUGAAGCAUAAGCAGAGCACUUUGUUUGACGACGAUGAGCAAGAUAUUGAUACACGCUUAAAUGAAAUGCGAAAUGCCUCCAUGAGCCAUACUAUGAAUGGCAGUAGUACAGAAGCAGAUCAAAGACACCGUCUAGAAGAACAAUUAGAGCUCGCUAUGGCUGAAUUGGAUCAUGAGCGUGUUACUAUUCAAACAUUGCAACAAGAAAUGGAGCAAAUGAAAAUUGAACAUGCUCAAGCUAGACAGCAGGCUUUGACAAUGGAACAAAAGUAUGAAAGCCUACAAGCUGAUUUCGAGAAAGAAUUAAAUGAUAAAAAACGUUUGAUUGAAGAAGCAGAUAAUGCAUUUGAGGCCCAAGCCAAAGCUGAGGACGAACAUUAUCAGAUGAAAUUAUCGAAAAUGGCUCUUGAAAAGGAAUUCAAUGAACUGUUAGAAUCAAACAAGCAAUUGGAGCAAGACUACAACAAUUUGAUGGAUGAAAUGCUGGCACUAGAAAAACAGGCUUUGAAGAAACCUGUCGAUGGUGGAUUAGCAAUUGUAAAUACAUCAGCUGAUACAACAGUUUUACAAGAAAAGAUUCAACAGCUUGAAAAAGAAAACGAAUCCCAUCGCAAUAGUCUAUCAGCAGAAAAGAAGCAAGUGACUCAACUAAGUAAAGACCUAGCAGAGCUGGAAUCCCUAGUUGAAAAUCGUGUGUUUGGUGAAGCAGACUUGGAAGAAAAGCUAGAAGCCGAGAGAAAGAAAGUGGCUUCAUUGGAAAGAGAAUUAAAUGCACUAAAGAAUAGAACGAGCAUGCACAGUAAAGAUAUCCUUAUGUCACCUACUACUAUAGCAGGUCCUUCCCCCACACCCUCACCACAUCAGAAGCAUAAUUCUAAUGAUGAUAAUCUCUCCAAAUAUUGUGAAUUGUGCGAUGGAUAUGGUCAUGACGUUUUAGAGUGCAAAAACGAAUUGUCCUUGGCUGAUGGUCAACUAUUUUGUGAGAAUUGUGAUGACUUUGGCGAUCAUAUCACAGACGAAUGCCCUAAUCAAGAUGAAACUUUCUAAAAAAGACAUACUUGUGUAUAUAAAGAGAACUGUAAAUCAAUCUAUAAUCACUUUUUUUUUUUACUAUACUUUUUCACUCUCUUGUAAAGAAAGCGUUGUACACAUUGAAGCAUAACAAAACGACACAGAAAAGAAAAAUAUAGUAGUUGCUAUUUCAUGAUUAAUUACAACAGGUAAAAAAAAAAAGGGCUUUGCUUGCUUUGUAUACGUCUAUUUGUCAAUUUUGAACUAUAGCUACAGCGUCAAUAGAAGGAAAGUAUCGAGAUCUAAAGAAAGGAAGAAAGUUGAUAUACAGAAUAAAAUAAAAGGUCCUAUUUUGCUACUAUAAAUUACUUUAUACUCAUGUUUUGACUUUGACAUAGUACCUGAUUUACUCAACCU